GCGGAGCUGCGGUCAGAGGCUCCAUGUUGGGAAGCGGCGCCUCUCGUCCUCGUUAGCGGGAGUCGGGCGCCGCGGGCAGAGCCGGCGGGGCAGGCGCGGAGCGAAGAUGGAGGCCCCGCUGCGGCCUGCGGCGGACAUCCUGAGGCGGAACCCGCAGCAGGACUACGAGCUGGUCCAGCGGGUCGGCAGCGGCACCUACGGGGACGUCUACAAGGCCAGAAAUAUACAUACGGGAGAGUUGGCUGCAGUAAAAAUUAUCAAAUUGGAGCCUGGAGAUGAUUUUUCUUUGAUUCAGCAAGAAAUAUUUAUGGUUAAAGAAUGUAAACAUUGCAACAUUGUUGCCUACUUUGGGAGCUAUCUCAGUCGGGAAAAACUGUGGAUUUGUAUGGAAUACUGUGGUGGCGGAUCACUUCAAGAUAUUUACCAUGUUACUGGACCAUUAUCAGAAUUGCAAAUAGCCUAUGUAUGCAGAGAAACUUUACAGGGUCUUGCCUAUUUGCAUACUAAAGGCAAAAUGCAUAGAGAUAUCAAAGGUGCAAAUAUUUUAUUGACAGAUCAUGGUGAUGUAAAAUUAGCUGACUUUGGUGUAGCUGCAAAAAUAACAGCUACCAUUGCAAAGAGAAAAUCUUUCAUUGGCACCCCUUACUGGAUGGCCCCAGAAGUUGCAGCAGUAGAAAAGAAUGGUGGCUACAACCAACUCUGUGAUAUCUGGGCAGUAGGAAUAACAGCAAUUGAACUUGGAGAACUUCAACCACCUAUGUUUGAUCUUCAUCCAAUGAGGGCCCUCUUCUUAAUGUCCAAAAGUAAUUUUCAGCCCCCGAAACUAAAGGACAAAACAAAAUGGUCAUCAACAUUCCAUAAUUUUGUCAAAAUAGCACUAACCAAAAACCCAAAAAAAAGACCAACUGCUGAAAGACUUCUGACUCACACUUUUGUAGGACAGCCAGGUCUCUCUAGGGCCCUAGCAGUUGAACUUUUGGACAAAAUGAACAAUCCAGACAACCAUUCACAUUAUACUGAAGGAGAUGAUGAUGACUUUGAGCCCCAUGCAAUCAUUCGUCAUACCAUUAGAUCUACAAACAGGAAUGCCAGAGCUGAACGAACAGCUUCAGAAAUAAAUUUUGACAAGUUACAAUUUGAACCUCCUUUGAGAAAAGAAACAGAGGCACGGGAUGAAAUGGGAGUAUCAUCAGACCCAAACUUUGUACUACAGUGGAAUCCUUUUGUUGAUGGUGCAAGUACUGGAAAAUCAACCUCAAAACGGUCAAUACCACCUCCCCUUCCUCCUAAGCCAAGAAUAAACAGUUACCCUGAAGACAACCUCCUAGAUGAAGAAAAAUCAUCAACUAUAAAACGUUGCCCUGACUCAGAGAACAGAGCUCCCCAAGUUCUCAGAAGACAGAGUAGCCCAAGUUGUGUUCCUGUAGCUGAGACUUCCUCUAUUGGAAAUGGUGAUGGUAUUUCAAAACUGAUUAGCGAAAAUACAGAAGGAUCAGCACAAGCACCACAACUCCCACGAAAAAAGGACAAGCGAGAGUUCCCUAAACCAGUCAUCAAUGGCCUCCCACCCACCCCAAAAGUGCUGAUGGGAGCAUGUUUUUCCAAAGUUUUUGAUGGCUGCCCUUUGAAAAUUAAUUGUGCAACAUCCUGGAUACAUCCAGAUACAAAAGAUCAGUACAUUAUUUUUGGAACUGAAGACGGUAUUUACACAUUGAAUCUCAAUGAGCUACAUGAGGCAACAAUGGAACAGUUAUUUCCAAGGAAAUGUACUUGGCUCUAUGUCAUCAAUAAUACUUUAAUGUCAUUAUCAGGAAAAAGCUUUCAGCUCUACUCUCAUAAUCUUAUAGCUUUGUUUGAACAAGCCAAAAAACUAGGAUUAGCUGCUCAUAUUCAAACUCAUAGGUUUCCAGACCGCAUACUACCAAGAAAAUUUGCUUUAACUACAAAGAUUCCUGAUACAAAAGGCUGCCACAAAUGUUGCAUAGUCAGAAACCCUUACACAGGACAUAAAUACCUCUGUGGAGCUUUACAGUCUGGAAUUGUUUUACUUCAGUGGUAUGAGCCAAUGCAGAAAUUCAUGUUGAUAAAGCACUUUGAUUUUCCUCUGCCAAGUCCUUUGAAUGUUUUUGAAAUGCUGGUAAUACCAGAACAAGAAUACCCUAUGGUCUGUGUAGCUAUUAGCAAAGGCACCGAAUCAAAUCAGGUAGUUCAGUUUGAGACAAUCAAUUUGAAUUCUGCAUCAUCAUGGUUUACAGAAAUUGGUGCUGGCAGCCAACAGUUAGAUUCCAUCCAUGUAACACAGUUGGAGAGGGAUACCGUUUUAGUGUGUUUAGAUAAAUUUGUAAAAAUUGUAAAUCUACAAGGAAAACUAAAGUCAAGUAAGAAACUGGCCUCUGAGCUAACUUUUGAUUUUUGCAUUGAAUCUGUAGCCCCCUGCCAGGAAGGACCCAGAGGCUCCACUGCAUCCUCCAAGUGGGGGGCUGCCCACUCUGUUUCUGAACCACUAGAUCAUUGCAUAGGAGUGCCUCAUUGGGCCCAGGCCUGUGGCUGGCACCACACAGGACACAGAAAUGGACAAAGCAUAGCAAGAUAUGCCUUCAAGACAGUGUGUUGGCUUUCUGGAAACAUGGAAUGCAGGGUAAAAGCUUCAAAUCAGAUGAGGUUACCCAAGAGAUUUCAGAUGAAACAAGAGUUUUCCGCUUAUUAGGAUCAGACAGGGUUGUCGUUUUGGAAAGUAGGCCAACAGAAAAUCCUACUGCACACAGCAAUCUUUACAUCUUGGCUGGACAUGAAAAUAGUUACUAAGCAACAGAAACUGAUCUCAAAUGACAGGAAAAUGAAUAUAUUCCAUUGAAAGCAAAAAUAUCUUAAGGAACUUCAGUACAAACUACACUAUGAUUUGCUUUAACUGUUAUGGGUUAUAUCUCAAAUGAUCUGUACUUUAAGGUAGAAUUCAAUAUUUUCUGUAGCUGGAAACAGCUGUUUUAUCUCUUGCCACUGUGUGGUGGUUAUAUCAAGUUUGCUUAAUAAAAGCUAUGAGAUAAAUAGUCCUAUAGUUCCAGGAAGCCCAGUCUUUUUUUAAAAAAUAAUGUUUGUAACAAGGGUGUCAUGAUAUUUUAGAUAACAACUCAUGUGAUUAUCUUCAAGGAGAUAAAUUUAGUGACAGUCUUCUCAUUUUAUAUCACGUUUUAUUCCUUCUUAAUGAACGUAAUUUUAUAAAGAAAUUAUCAAAUAAGCCUUUCACUUUUACAUUGGCUAUUCUGUAUGUUUUUGUAAAAUAGAAUAUUUAAUCCUUAUUUAUUAAUCUCUUGCUGGAGUGGUGUAAUGUUAUCUAACUUUUAGCAAAGGAGGGUUGCAGAGCAGCUUACAUUUUUUUAUGAUGUAUAAAAAUUUUGUUUACCUUUUAAGAGUAGUAAGAGGGGUUAAAGGCAGUGUAUUUGGAGGUUCAAUACAUACACGCAAUUUUGUUUAACAAGUAUUUUAUAAAACAAUAUUAUCCAGAAUUGCCUUAAAGUGAAUUUUGUGUUUUCAACUACAAAUAGCUGUAAGGGAUCAUACAGAAGAUAUUGAUGAUGGUUGAACUAUUAUUAGAAGAGGUAUGUAUGUAGGUAUGACUACCAUGUGUAUGUAUUCUUGACAAGCAGUAUAAUACACCUGUGAUUUUUUUUACAUUAGGGAUAAUGCAUAAGAAAUUAACCUUCAUAUAUAUUAUCAUCCCUUAAUGUGUGGGGGGGGGGCGGGGGAAUAUUUAACUGCCCAUGAUAUGUAAUUCACAUGUACUAUACCAGAGGGGAUGCUGUAAAGCAACUACAUGUGUAAUCUUGGGUUUUUCACAUAUGUAGGUAUUCAUUUUGAGUAGGUUUAAGAAAAAAGUUUUAAGUGAAAUUGAAUUCCUCAUGGGAUAGUAUAAAUAAGUAUUAUAAAAACCAAUAUUCUAAAAAUAGGAAAUAAGGCCAUUUUUUCAUUUACGUCUCUUUUGCUAUUGUUAGUAUCCAAAGUAAAGUGUCGCAUUGGCACCUGGUGUCUUAAUGCAUUCACUGAGGGCAGUUAACAUUGAGAUGAUGAACAAGGAGUUAGCAAUAGCAAACUACUGAUUUAUUUUGAGCAAUUACUUGAGAGAAAAACAGUAUAACUAUCUCAUUUGGUCGUUGGCAAUUCUGUAAAAUAGGUAUUAUCAUCUCUGUUUUUCAGAUGGGGAAAUAAGAAGUUAACAGGGUUAAUAGACCCAAUUCACACAGCAAUUAAGGGUUGAGCCAGACCAUGAGUCUUGUGACUCUGUUCUUUUCAUUAUGCAGUAUGCAAACAAUAAAUGUUAUGCAAAUAAAGUAUUGUCCUUUAAAAAUGCACAUGUGA